UUCGCAUAUGGGAUAAUAUAAAUAAAACGCGCUGAUCGUACCUGGCAUGGGUUUGAAAAUAAACUAGACCUUGACUGCCCGGCGGACGUAGACACGAUCAGCUGAUUAGCAAUCCACGUGUGUUGGUGCUUAGUGGCAUGUUUUCCGCGUGGCGUUGUUUGGACGCCAUAUUUAGGGAGUUGUUAGCUGUGUACGGAAAGAACAGUGUGCAAGGAAAUAUUUCAAAAUGAGCGACGAUGACAGGGAUAUUGACAUCGAAAGCGACGAAGAAGCAUUGAGUCCAUCCAGUCACAAGAACGAGGCUGAGAAGAGAGCACACCACAAUGCUCUGGAACGCAAGAGGAGGGAUCACAUCAAAGACAGUUUUAAUGGUUUAAAGGAAUCUGUACCAACGUUACAGGGAGAAAAGCAAGCAUCUCGGGCUCAGAUUUUAAACAAGGCAACAGAGUACAUUCAAUUCAUGAGGCGUAAAAACAAUGCACAUCAAUUAGAUAUAGAUGAUCUCAAGAGGCAAAAUGAUACACUGGAUAAACAAAUACGUGCCUUAGAGAAAGCAAAGACACUUGGAAAUUAUGACCCAUCAUCACUAGUCGACUCAGAUGGAACCCAAUUAUUCACCAAUCAUAAAGGGGGACCAUUGUCAGCUUUUGAUGGUGGUUCAGACUCAGAUUCUGACUCAUCAACUGAUUCACGAACGGCUCAGGGCAGGCCGAAACGUCUCAAGACAACAACAGUCAGCAGUAAGAGUUAGUAUUUGCUAACAAGAGCAUGAGAUGAAAUUGCACAAAAGUAUUAGACAAAUCCUGAAUGUAUGCAGGGAGAGAUAAAAUCAAAAUUAUUUCAGCUGCAUGAAAAACCUUCAGCACGACAAUGUGUCAAAACGUUUCCAGAACAGAAGGGAAAAAUUGUUUUAAAAUGCAGCAUUCACAAUCAACAGUUGCAGCAGUCAUCACCACUAAUUACAACAAGAUUUUGAGUUGACAACUCAGUGGGCAGAUAUAAAUCAUUCAUUUUAUCACUUAUUUUUAAAAACUGGACACAAAAAGCCCAUUCAUGCAGCUCAAAUGAAUUUGAUUGUACUGAAGAUUGUUGUAUGUAUAGGUAGAUUUUGUUUUUAAUUUGAUAUUGAUGAGGUGUAACACUUUUUUUUUAGAAAGAAAUGAUGUCUCGUUUAGAGGGGAGGGUUUGUCAAUCAACUUUUCUGUGAUGAUUGGACGUCA